UCGUUAGUUUUUUUAAAGAAUAUUAAAUAAAAAAAUUGGAAAAGUAAAAAUGAGUGCUCCAUUUUACAGUUAUGACCCAUGCGUAUGCACCGGCAUGCCAUGUGGAGCUUGCUACCCAUAUUCGAUAAAGCCGUGCGUUGCAUCAAGAAAUAAUUUGGGCCCGUGCUCGGUAUGUCCCGGCGGUGGAUGCUCCCCUUGUCCUGCUCCCGUGCGACCCUGUCCAGCUCCUUGUCCGGCACCACCAAUGCUGCCUUGCUUGCCUACAUGUCCACCAUGUGAUAAGCCUGGGAAUCCAGUUCCUCCACCAUCUCGUAUCUGUGACUCUGUGGCGAUUCCUUGCUGCAGGCCUAACAGAUGCAAGCCCUGUCCUUGCUUCUGCUGCACGGAGCCUGGCGUGUGUUCAGCGAAGCGUUGCAGCUACCCGGGUGUAGCCGUGUGUGGUGGCUACUGUGGACCCUGCAUGCCCGUUUGGUGACAGAGCCAUUUCCAAUUAUGAUUUGCAAUAAAGAGUUGUAAAUAAU